CCUAACCCAUCCUCAUUUUCUCCACAAUUUUUAUAUUUCUCUCCCCUCAAUUUCCAAUUCACCCAAUUUGAGGGCCCUUCAAAAAAAGAACAAAAAUUACAAGAGGGCAAAAAGUGUAAGCAAAGCAAAGAGGUCAAGGAAGUUUCACUCCAAAUUCCCAAUUUUUCCCCUAAUUUUUCUCUGGGUUUGAAUUCAAAAGUCCAUGGCAGGGUGGUCGAAAUUAGGAGGAUGCAAGUCAUCUCAGACGCUUGAACCGUGUAAUAAGGGUAUUAAAAUCGACGAAAAUGAGCUCAGAGCACCAUUUGUUGAUUUGAUUACGGUUUUUUUGGAAGAGAGUUGUUCUAGUAAAUGUUUCCGGCCUUUGCCUCCGCUACUUGGAGAUGGGCAUGCUGUAGAUUUGCUUAAAUUGUACUUUGUUGUGAAGUUGAAGGGUGGGUUUGAGGCGAUUUCGGCAAAAAAGUUGUGGGAUGAGGUGGGUUUGCUAUAUGGGUUGGGUCCUGGAAUUGGGUCUGCUUUGAAGUUGAUUUACUUGAAGUAUUUAGAUUCAUUGGAGAGCUGGUUAGGGAAGUUACAGGGUGUUGAGGGCUCGAAGUGUGAACGAUUUCGUAGUGGCGUGUGGUCGAAGGGGGUUUCAAUGGCGCUAGGGUCGGAGUAUACUAGUUUUGUGUCCAAAAUCAUGGAGGAUAUGAGGAAGAAUGAUGAUUCUUAUUGCUUGAAGGAGAAGAGUGAGAUUAGUUUCGUAGACUUAACUGAAAAAGAGGAGAAUGUUAAUAAGAAGAUGGAUUGGAAUAAGUUUGUUAUGAGUUUUGGAGAUGAUGGGGAUUCAACACAGGAGAAUGAGGACACUACAAAGUUCAAGCAGGAGGUUGAGAUGGGUUUCACUGAUGGUGUCGGUUUUACAGGAGAGAACAAUGGGAAUGAGAAUUUUAAGCAGACGAAGAGUGAGACUAUUUAUGCUGGUCUUUUUUCAUCGGAUGGAUCGGAUGAUGGGAGGUCUUCAGUUGAUACAAUUGUGGCUGAUGAUAUGGUUAAGAGUUCUGAGAAUUCAUGCAAUUCUAAGAAAUGUUCGACUGAUGAUGAGGGGUUGGUUAUGGAUUCAAGUGUGUUGAAGGAGGAGGUUUCAAGUCUCAAGAGGAAGCGGGAUUCUAUGUCAGGAAUGCUUUGUUGGAUAGCUAAUGUGGCCAAGCAUCCUAUUGACCCUGCGAUUGGCACAAUCCCUGAGUGCUCUAAGUGGGCAUUGUAUGGAAAUGACCAUUGUUGGAAGCAAGUUUUGUUGGCCCGUGAAGCUCUGUUCCUUAGGAAGAACACUGAGCAAUUUGCUUUUCAGAAAAGGCAGAAAAUGCAUCCAUCCAUGUUUGAUGACGAGGGACCAAGAUCCAGUUCAAGACUCCUUUCCGAAAAUCUGCCCAACACACCACCCAUUGAGCCAUUUUCUACAAAUGUGGGACGUCCAAGGCAACGGCUGGAAGCUCGGCUGGACAUGAAACCAACUGCUCCAAUGUAUACAAGUCGUCCACAGCAGAGAAUUCCUAUUGGUGAAGAGUUCCAGGUAAAGGUACAGGAAUGGACAGGAGUGGUUUCUAAGAGUGACCCUAAAUGGUUGGGUAUUCGAGAUUGGUCAUUGGAAAACAGAGAAAACAAUCUAUUGGCUGAAAGAGAUCGCGUUGGGAAAGGAAGGUUAGAUACUUGUGGCUGCCUGUUUCCUGGAACCGCACAGUGUUUUAAGUUUCAUGUUUCUAAGAGAAGAAUGGAGAUGAAGUUUGAAUUAGGUUCAGCAUUUUAUACUUGGAAAUUUGAUAAGAUGGGUGAAGAAUGUAGUGUAUCCUGGACCGCUGAGGAGGAAAAGAAAUUCAAGUCUGUUGUGAAGGAGAAUCCUGUCUCUCAUCGGAAAUGUUUUUGGAAACAAAUGCGUGAGGUUUUACCCAAAAAGAGUUGGGCUGACCUGGUGAACUACUACUUCAAUGUCUUUGUGCUUCAACGUAGAGCUUUCCAAAAUAGAAGCAGCCCUAGGAACAUUGACAGCGAUGAUGAUGAAACAGAAUAUGGUUCAGCCACUACUACUCUCAGACACAACACUACUUCACAAAGAUAGAUCGAUCAUACAAACAUGGAAUAUGUUAUUUUUCAGGAAACAGGGAUUUACGUUGCUUCUCUGAUUAUUGUUUGGGAAUUUUGCACUGUUGAUGAAGAAAAGAAAACCUCCCUUCCCAUUGAGUUAUCUACGUCUGCACAUACCACCACAAUUUUGAUACAGUGAAGACCCUUGUGAAUUACUACUCCACUUUAAGUUGGCAGGUAUACCUUUUGAUGACACAAAUUCAUUAAGCUGCGUUAUUUUGGGUUUUGGACCUGUUUCUGUUUUUCUAUGAAUCAUAGAAUUUCAGAUCCUGAAUUACUUUUGUUGUAUAUAAACUCCAUGAUGUUUCAAGUCAUGAUAUCAAAUAUUUUGGAGCAAGGGGGGUUUUGAACAAUCGGAUAGUGCUUUUGUUUCCUGCACUUGCUAGGGUUGCCAUGUUGGUUCUGGGUGCAAUUCGUUGUUCGAAGUUAUUUUCUGCUUGUUGCUAAAUGCCUAAUUAUCGCUUUUCCAUUGAAAGUGAUGCCUCUUACACUUGUUUUUAUCAAUGGUUUUACAUCUUUAAGCAAAGGGUGUCCUAGUUAUUUUUCAACUAGGACACCAGUAAAGUUGGCCAGA